AUGGUUCUGAUCUCCCCCCACGCCAUGCAAGCCACCCGGGCGUCCGCCACCGUCAGUGUGGUUUCAGACUGUGGAAUCCCGGCUGGCCUCCGGAUAGGUCCGGUACCUGGCGCAUUUAAAUUGGGGAAGUACCUGUCAGACCGCAAAGAAGUUGGGCCCAAGAAAAAGAUCCGCCUCGUGCGGGAAGAGUUUGUGGAUGAGUCUGGCUGCCCCGUGUCAGACUGGAUCGGAUUCAUCCGAGCCGCCAGAAACAGUCUAGAGCAAAAUCUCGAGGCUGUAUCAGACUUACCUGGCGGACAGAUAUUUUACCGCGUGACAAGAGAUAUUCCUGCGGGGGAGGAACUCAGUGUUUGGUACUCUAACGCUUUGGCCCAGUGGUACGACGUACCCACGACAGCCACCCCCACACACGACGAGAAAGGUGAGGAGCGUUACAUCUGUUGGUACUGCUGGCGAAUCUUUAAAUACCCCAACAGCCUCAAAGCCCACGUCCACUUCCACUGCGCGCUUAGCUACGGGCGCGGAUUCGUGAGCAGUGAACAAACCAGAGGCACGGAGACCUUCAGCAGGUCUCCAAAGUCUGGAGACAUCCCCAACACCUCUUCUUCACCGAGAAGCUCUCAGAACAUCUCCUCGAUUUCCGACUCCAGCAGGCGGCCGCUGUGUUCCCCUUUCCUGGGCAAGGCCGGACUGGUGAAGAAAAGCAGCCCCGAGGAUCAAGACCGAGCCCUCGACAUGAGCGUUACUUCAUCCCGGAACCAAGAACACAUGUUCGGCCUGGGCGCAGCGUCCUCCAUGCUUACCUCCAUGGGCUUCCACCCGGGUGUGCGCUCCGCAUUCAAGCCCACCGGGGUCGCGAAGAUCCCGGUGGGCGACGCGCAGAGAGAGGACGCCGGGUCCAAGACGGCCGCUUUGGGAUUCAGCAAAAUGGUGAAAGCCACAGUAAACGGAGGCGGAAAUCCUGCGGCCAAAUGCACCCCCGGGAUGGUGGAGUCCCCCGGCAUGGGGCGCACAUGUGCCAACGCCAUCCGAAGUUUUCCUCUGCUUCCUCACAUAGAAGAGACGUCGGCUUUCAAACAGGUCGAGAGUCGCGUGCACGCUGGGCUGGCCCCGUCCCCCUACCCUCACGUACACCCGGGACUCCACUUUGAAAGGUUUUCUCUGCCCAACUUCGACAGCGUAAAGACUUACGGCGGAGACUGCAACAUCCCCCUGAUGCCCUUUACUCUCUACAACGGGGAGCUUCUGUACAGUUCGCCCUAUUACCCCCUCAAAUUCCACUUCAGCAACCUCCUCAAGUACCCGGAGUCCAUGCCCUACUUCGGCGCGCCCUCCCUAAGCCAAGACAUGGGCACAAUCACCAACAUAGACCGGGAGAUCGCCAUGCACACGCAACAGCUGUCCGAAAUCGCCACCGAGAAGGGCCGCGGCAGAUUGGAGCCAUUGCCUGCCGGCAGCAGCAGCAACCCCAGCUCUGCAGGUAAACCCAAAAAGGGACACCUUUGUCUGUACUGCGGUAAACUCUACUCAAGGAAAUACGGACUGAAAAUCCACAUGAGGACUCACACGGGCUACAAGCCGCUGAAGUGCAAAGUGUGCUUCAGGCCUUUCGGGGACCCCAGCAACUUGAACAAGCACAUUCGGCUCCACGCGGAAGGCAACACGCCGUACAGGUGCGACUUCUGCGGCAAGGUGCUAGUCAGGAGGCGGGAUCUGGAGAGACACGUCAAGUCCAGACACCCUGGCCAGAGCGUCAAGAAGCUGGACGACAAGGCGGGCCUGUUCGAGGACGCCGAGUUGAAGAGCGACAACGACAGCGACGUGGACGUCUGCUUCACCGACGACCAAAGUGAGCCGGAAUCCAGCAAAACUAAUCAUUAG